AUGGGUAAUCUGGCUGAUCUGGACAUUCUGGAGGAGGACAAGCUCAGCAUGGUGAUGAGGCAGUCUUCCAGCGUCUACAUGAAUUCCACCAAGAAGCCCUGCAGUCUUCUGUCAGACGCUGUGCGAUGCAGUGCUCAUUCCCUGCUGUGCCAACAGCUACUGCGAUCAAUGCGUUUGCGACGCUUUGCUGGACUCCGACGAUCAUGUCUGCCCCACAUGCAAGCAGCCACACGUCUCCCCCGACGCACUGACGGCCAAUCACGCUCUCAGACAGCCGUCGACAAGUUUACGAAUGAGGGAGGUGCCGCCUACAGGAAGUCCCAGGGUCAGAAUGGAGACAUGGCUGAGGAUCCUGUCCUCACCCUGCCUCUUGUCUCUAGGCAGGAUCCGCUGCAGAAGCCUCAGCAUUCACGCUUCACGCAGCAGGCUCCUGUCCAGGUUUGUCCUGCAGCAGCAGAGACACUGUCUCCCUCUGGUGGCCAUCGCUACACUGGCAGCCGGGUGUUUUCACACAGGGAUGGAGAGAUGGAGCGCAGCAGGACUCCUUCAGCACUGAAGAGAAAGCACUCAUCUUCCUCUCUUCAGUCAUCUGCCGACUCCACAGACCGCAGAGCCACACAGAGCAACGGUGGAAAUGAAGGCAAACGGCAGAAAAGGGAGUGAGAACUUCACAAAGGGGGAAAAAAAAACAAAGACAGAGACAGGCGUUUCCUGUUGUGAAAUAUAAAAUUUAAAAAACAAGUUUCUUUUCUGUGGGUUUAUUCCGUCUAUAUAGAGGCCUUUUGCUGUCAGUCAGUCACUUUGUGUCCUUCCCACUGUGGAAGCUGCCGCUCUGGUUGGUUUAGAGACGGAGGCAUUGGGCAUUGAGGCAAUGGGUUUAGAAAAACAAGCUGAAGGCAGCAGAAGCCAUGUUCAGAAGAAACAGAUUUUCACACGCUAAUCAGAUGUUUUGUACAAAUGUAGAAAUUUCAGAUCGUCUUGCAGGUUUGGAAAAAAAUCAAAUCAUUAGCUCCAAUUCCAACAGUUCCAUGAGGACAUUGUCUUUGGACAAUUUUUCUUCAGUUUUAUGUCUAAAACAUGUAACCCUACAGUUUAUUUCAUGGAACAGGGAUGUUUACGGCAGUGAAUCCCAGACGUGUGGACUCCAGUCACAUGACCUGGACUCCAGUCAUGAAUUCGAUGACUUUCGACUCGACUUGAAAAUUUAUGAAAAGACUUGUAACUCGACCUGGACUGAAACAGCAACGACUUGGGACCUCGUUUGGAUUGAGCCCUUUGACUCGAAAUGACCUGCUGCUUUCACCCAAACACAGAUUUAAGAAAAUGAAAAGUAUUUUAACAAACACUCUGUAGCUCUCUCUCUCUCUCUCUCUCUCUCUCUGAGAAUUUGUUUGUAUGUGAUGUGCACGUGCAUGCACAGUAUGAUUGAAUGUACUACAAUAAAGUGGUUCAUUAAAUACAGCAUUUCCUUCACACUGAGCGAACAUUAAACCCACCGUCCGCCCCGGGCUACGGCCUGGUUGGUAACCCAGGGUGACGGCAGGGCGAGACGCGGCGCCUCCACAUCGAUAGGUUCUGUUCUGAGCUCACAUCCGGGGUCAGGCCGAGCUGGGAACCCGGCGUCACGCUGCCGGUGGCGGUGGGGGUGCUGGUGGUGUUGAGUAUGGGACUUUUAAUUCUGAAAAAAUGUUAAUUACGCUUUAAAAUGACCAGGAAAGCACCUGAAAUCUUUAUUUGGAAUUAAACUGCUGGUUUAUUCUCAUUCAAGAGCUGAAUUCUAUUUAAAUUAGACACGACUUUAUUCUCCUCAUUCUGCACACGCUCGUUCCCUCGACAUGACGCAAUAUUCCAAGAUGGCGGCCUGCGGCAGGCCUUUGACUCAU